ACCAACCUACCAGCUUUCGGCUGCUGCCGGAAUAAAGGCAGCAAUCAGUAUCGUUUACCACUUCACCAGUUGUCCGCUCAUUGCCCCACCUUUCCCCCAUUCCUGUAGUGGUGUACUAACACGAUCAGAUCAUCCCUGCAUCAUCCCUGCCUUGUCGUCGACCCCCCCCCCCCCCUAACGCUCGGUGGGGGCCUACAAAAGUGUACCGCAAACGCCCUGCUCUCUGUGUGUGUCUCUCUACGCGCGUGUGUGUGUGUGUGCGUCCGGGUGUUCUCGCUCUUCAAUCCCCAAAAUCACGUCCACGUCCCGAUCAACAAAUGACGCAUCUCGGCUCUUCUAUCAUCUCGGUGGAAUGUGAAUAACAUCACGCCGCUUUGCCACCGAAGCAGGUUACGGGAAAGUCUCACCGGAAGGAGGUGCCGACCUCUCCAGAAGAGGAAGAAGAAAUAGGGGUCGCCUCCCCUGCCCAACGCCAUCUUCCUUCUAAACGGAAUCGGUACUGAGGUGGCAACUUUGUGCAUCACCCACCCACCCACACCUGGCCGAUCAAGGCGGUGGCUACGAAAACGAGCAAGAGAGAAAGAGAGAGAAGAGAGCAAUCUACGCAACUGACCUAACUGUUAAAAAUCGUACUACAUCAACCCCAUCCUCCUCACACCCCCUUCACCAUUGGGUAGUGUCUAACCAAAAGGCAAAAACUCCUCUCCUCUUAACAUAUUUUAAAACAAAUAAUAUUUAAACUUUUCCUUCGCGUGGUGGAACAAAAAUCUGUGAAAGCUGGAGCAAUUAGAGCAACUCGCGAAACUUUCCAAGAUGAACCGUAAGGCGGAGCUGGAGCGGAAGAAGGCCAAACUGCAGGCCCUCCGCGAGGAGAAGGACCGCAGGCGGAAGGAGAAGGAGCAGAAGGAUCUGGAGGAGGCGUCCGGCAAACUGGGCACCUCGGAAACAAGCACGCGGAAGGAUCUGGAUGAGAUGCUUUCGUCGCUGGGUGUGGCGCCCGUGUCCGAGGUGCUGUCCUCGCUGUCCUCGGUCAAUUCGGCCACCUCCGACCAGUCCACCACCCACACGCCCGACGCCAGCCUGCAGCCCAGCAUCAACGGUGUGAGCUAUCGCAAGAAGCCGGUUAACCUGUGCCUGGUAUCGGUGCAGGCCACCAACAUUCCCCCGAAGGAGACGGUCGUCUACUCGAAGCAAACACAAACGAACAGCUCCGGCGGUCACGAGCGCGACGCUCACGCAACCGACUAUUACGAUGAGUACAAUCUUAACCCCGGUUUAGAGUGGGAGGAUGAGUUUACAGGUGACGAUGAGGAAAGCUCCCUCACCCAUAUCGACCAUGGGUUCCACUCGAAGCUGCCGCCCGGCAUCCUGCCCCACGGCCUGCCGACGGUCAAGGAGGUCGCACCAGCCAUCACGCCGCAGGAGCAGAAAAAGGAAGACCUCAAGGAGGUGAAAGAGCUCUCCGCCGAGCAGAAGCAGAUGAUCAUACUGUCGGAAGACUUCCAGCGGUUCAUCCUGCGCGCCGGCAAGGUGAUGGAGCGGGCACUCUCCGAAACGGUCGACAUCUACACGGACUACAUCGGCGACGGCGAGGCGGACGAUAUGAACGAUGAAAAGUCACACGCAAGGCUGUCGCUGAACCGCACCUUCUACUGCGAUCGCUGGUCGAAGAACCGGUGCGUCACGUCGUUCGACUGGUCGACGCACUUCCCCGAGCUGAUGGUGGCGUCCUACCACAGCAACGAGGAGACACCGAACGAGCCGGACGGUGUGGUGGUGGUGUGGAACACCAAGUUCAAGAAGCAGACGCCGGAGGAGGUGUUCCACUGUCAGAGCGCGGUCAUGUCGACGUGCUUUGCCAAAUUUCACCCGAACCUGAUCCUCGGCGGCACCUACUCCGGCCAGAUCGUGCUGUGGGACAACCGGGUGCAGAAGCGCACCCCGAUCCACCGGACGCCGCUGAGCGCCAACGCGCACACGCAACCGGUGUACUGUCUGUCGAUGGUCGGCACGCAGAACGCGCACAACGUCAUCUCGAUCAGCUCCGACGGCAAGCUGUGCUCGUGGAGCCUGGACAUGCUGUCCCAGCCGCAGGACGUGCUCGAGCUGCAGCACCGCCAGUCGAAGGCCAUCUCCGUCACGUGCAUGGCGUUCCCGCACAACGAGGUGAACAACUUUGUGCUGGGCGGCGAGGACGGCUACGUCUACUCGGCCAGCCGGCACGGCAACCGGUCCGGCAUCGGCGAAACGUACGAGAAGCAUCUCGGGCCGGUGACGGGCAUCUCGGCCCACCACAACCAGUCGUCGCCCGACUUCGGGCACCUGUUUCUCACCUCCUCGAUCGACUGGACGAUCAAGCUGUGGAGCCUGAAGGACAACAAGCCGCUGUACUCGUUCGAGGACAACUCGGACUACGUGAUGGACGUCGCCUGGUCGCCGAUCCAUCCGGCCCUGUUUGCCGGCGUGGACGGUAGCGGCCGGCUCGACCUGUGGAACCUCA